AUGGUCCUCUUCCUCUCUGUAAUGGUUGCCAUGAUCAUGCUCCGGACUCUGUACCGUGAUAUUUCCAAGUACAACCAGCUAGAGAGCCAGGAGGAAGCCCAAGAGGAGUCUGGGUGGAAGCUUCUCCACGGUGAUGUGUUCAGGCCUCCUGUCAAUGUUGAUCUGCUGUGCGUGUAUGUGGGUACAGGGUACUCCUCUGCACGUUUUUACAAGAUGUUCGGGGGGAUGGAAUGGAAGAAGGUUGCCAUCAGGACGGUCUUGGUAUUCCCUGGAGUUGUCUUCCUAAUAUUCUUUGCCCUGAACAUGCUUCUCUGGGGCGUGAAAUCAUCCGGUGCUGUACCAUUCACCACCAUGUUCGCACUGGUUUUCCUGUGGUUUGGAAUCUCUAUGCCACUGAUCUUCAUCGGCAGCUACCUUGGGUUUAAGAAGCCUUACAUAGAGGACCCAGUGAGGACAAACAAGAUACCACGCCCGAUACCGCAGCACAGCCAUGGUAUCCUACCCUUCGGUGCUGUGUUCAUGGAGCUCUUAUUCAUCCUGACAAUAAUCUGGAUGCACCAGUUCUACUACAUCUUUGGGUUCCUGUUCCUCGUCUUCGUGAUCCUAAUAGUGACCUGCGCUGAGAUCACCAUUGUGCUUUGCUAUUUCCAGCUGUGUAGCGAGGACUACCAGUGGUGGUGGAGAUCCUACCUGACGCCCGGCUCGUCAGCUCUGUACCUCUUCCUGUAUGCAACAUUCUAUUUCUUCACGGAGAUGCAGAUCACGAAGGCAGCCUCCGGUGUGCUCUACUUGGGCUACAUGCUCAUUGCCUCCCUACGCCUUCUUUGUGCUCACGGCACCAUUGGCUUUUUACGCCUGCUUCUGGUUCACCAGGCUUAUAUACUCUUCGGUGAAGAUUGA